GUGAAUGCACCAAUUUGUAAGUCGCUCUGGAUAAGAGCGUCUGCUAAAUGACUUAAAUGUAAAUGUAAAUGUAUGUGAUAUGGAGGUACAGAAAGGUUUAUGUCGACAUUUAUACAGACAAACUUUUAGAAACAAUACCAGCUAUGUUAACACUGCCAUGUUGAUCUGAGCCUUGAUGUUGGAAAACCACUACAGUGUCCAACUUUCGGCUGUCGCAGAUUAACCUCCCCCGACUUCACUCAUCGACUUUCGUCUAAAGCUUUGUUAGGCUUACCGCUCGAACACACCCACUGUCUGUCCUGCUGGGUUUUGAUGCAAUCUUUACCCGACUAGGUCAAGUUAGGAUUUGUCCGUGUGAGCUUUUGUUCCAACCCCAUUACUGUGUUUUAGGUGCCAAGAUUAUGGUAAUGUUCCAGCAGUGUGGAGAUUCCUAGAUGUGAAAAGUGUGCAGGAGGGCAUGAGACAAAGGAAUGUGUGGUAUGGGUGGGUAAAGCUGUGUGUAUUAACUGUAGGGGUACCCAUGUUGUUGGUGAUCAGAAGUGUCCGGUGAGAGAAAGGCAGGUCGAGGUUGUCAGGGUCAGAGUAGUUCAGAAGGAGUCGUAAGCUGAGGCAGUUAAGAGAGUAGUAGAGGAAGAUGGGUCCAGGGCGAGGGUUCCUAAGAUGAUCCCUGUGAGUAGCCCGAGGCCAAUAGAGAGUGAUAGGAAUAACAUGUUCUUCAGUAAGGUUAGCUUCUUAGCAUUAUUAGCCAUGGUUAUCAACUGUACCACAGAAAUGGAAUGUAAAUCACAGAAAAUACAUGUUGUGGUGGCAGCUGCAGAGAAGUACUUGGGUGUACAGCAGAAGGUGUGUUAGUGUCCCAUCCUGCCAGCCUGGUAUAGGAUCAGAUAGAGCCAAAGUAGUGGAAUAGUGGUGAGAUUUUAAUUGGUGUAUGGUUAAUUAGCUGGCAGGGCACAUUGUUUUCUUCCAGAACAGUAGGCAGACACACAGCCCACACAGAAGGUGGUGGCAUGCACCUCUAAUGUAUCUUUUCAGACCGCCAUAAUACCAUAGAAGAAGAAGUAGUAGUCAGGUAGGGGAAGGAGAAGGAGAAGGAGGAGCAUGUGAGCUGUCUGACAGGUUUGGCUGGUCUGUUGCUCCCUUCCAUUCUGUCUCUGCAGUAGAAUUCUGCAGUUUGUAUCCUCUGUGGCGUGCUGAGCUGUGGAGAGGCCUAGAGUUCUGUUGGGGACCUGUAAGAUUUUACUUCCAUUCUAAAGUAGGAGUGUGUGAGAGAGAGGAGGAGCGACAUCGAUGAAGAGAUAAAGGACAUGCAGGACUUUAGGGCACCAGGGUUCAAGUGACAUCCUUAUGGGAACUGGAAGAAGACGGAAUCAUAUCAGCCACAAACAAAAUCCUGUCAGCUUUUGGGGACAUAAUAAUUUUGACUUUGGGUGGCCAAAAAAAGAAGGAUAAAGACAGGAGUCAAGGACAAAAAAGCCAACCUGUGCUACCUCCCAACCCCACCUCCAGCAUGCCUGUGGAGACACUACAGCUUGGCCUGAGACAGCCGGUGGCAGUGAGGGCUGCUGCUGCUGGAACGCCCAACCGCCUUCUCAUGCCCAACCGCCGCCUCCUCCAGCCAAGAACAUUGGAAACAGCUGAGCCCAGGCAGAGUGCAGUGGAGAGACUGGCAGUAGACAAGGCUAAAUAUGUCAAGAACCAGGUGGCCCUCUUUAAGCAACAGCCAAUCAAAGUGCCUCCACCUAUCAUGCGCAAGCCUCUGAUGUCCCCUGCCCCCGCCCUGCGGCCCACCCGUAAGGCCCAACUGCCUCGCCCUGACUACAGCCAGCAAAGGAGUUCCCCACUGGACCUGGAGCACCUGAGUAACCUGAUCAACGGGGUGGGUGAGGCUGAAACUCCCCCUACCUCCCCAACCAUGGACCCAGUGGAGAGUAGUCAGGCCCCUGACUGCCCCACUACCAACUCUCCCUGCCCCUCUCCAAUCUCUGCUGGAGCUGGGUCAGGGGCUGCUGAGAGUAUCCAGGCCCUCUGUCCUGAGUGGUCAACUCCAGUCAAAGUUAGGGUAAAUGCCUCGGGCCCACUAAGUCCUACAUGGUGUCCUACUGCAGUGACCAUACGUAGAGUGGACAUCAUACCCCACCACACCACACCAGUGAGGAUGCCCCUUAGAGCACAGCAGCAGAUGCGUAUCCCAUUGCAGCCCAUGGCUCUGCAUCCACACACCCAGAUCCACAACACUAUGUCACCUCUGCGUCUCUUCCACCCCCGAACUACCUAUGCACCAGGCCCUGCGUCUCCUAAACCUGUCCCAGCCCCUCCACCACAAAAUCACACCCCAACCCCCACCUCCCCGUCUAGCCCCGUCCAUCUCCCAGCCAACCCCCCCGUACUCCCGCCCUCCCCGUCGGUCACCUGCCUAUCGUCCGGCAGCUCCAGGAAACGUCCCUCUCUGAACCGCUCCAAAUCCGACAUGAGUGACCGUUACUCCCGGGCCAGUACUGAGCUGGAGCGCUUCUUCAACCUGUGUGGUUUGGACACAUCGGAGAUGCAGGUGCUGAAGGGGCCAGGCUCAGACAUCGCCUCCCUUGCACAGUUCCGCAGUGCCAGCGCUCCUGGGUCAGAGUGUGCAGGCCAGGAGGGUGAAGAGGAAGGUGGGGCUGCAGAGCCGGCACCCUAUGGCAUCUCAGUAAUUGAGAGGAACGCCAGAGUUAUCAAGUGGCUUUAUGGUAUCCGCACAUCCAAAGAUAGUACCAGGAGCACCAACAUGUAGGGCCAUGAGAGACUGAUGUAAAUAGAGGCAGGGGAGAAAAACAUGGAGGUGCACUUUAAACACAAUUCCUGUACAGAGAAAAAAGCAGGAGAAGUGUGACUGCCGGUAUAAACCAACUAAUGAAAAUGAAAGGAAGGGACUGAUCUGGACUAAUAGUGAAGGACACUGUCUGUCAAUACAGUUUGAUAGUGUUGGACAUCAUUUGUGCAAAUUAUUUAUUGCAUGGUACUUGGUACCAACACCCGUUUCAUCCAGGGCAAAGCAGCAGUGUUUGGUGAAUGAUGCUUCUAUUGAUGAUGUGGGUCCUCUGUACCUCAUCUCCCAUCGGUCAUCAAGGAGGCUCAGAAAAGGCCUGUGGUCCAAGGCUACUCACCUUCCUCCAGCCAUUAUCAUUGGUAGUUCCAUGGUGAAGCACAUCUUAGUUGCUGGAGCUAAAACCCUGUGCUACCUGGGGGCUACGGUGAAGGAUAUCACAGGAUUUAUUUUGUCUAUCCUACAUCAGCAGCCAAGAGCUGCUGCUGUUGUAGUGCAUGUGGGAUCAAAUUAUAUCAAAAAAUGGUAAAUCAGAGAUAAUGAAACAGGAUUUUAUUGAGCUGAUCAACACCCUAAAAGGCUCUGAAAGGCAGCCGAUUAUAUCUGGCCCCGUGCCAGCGCUGAGUUGUGACUGCGAAAGGUUCAGCAGGCUUUUAGCACUUCGUAUCUGGCUUAAAGUCUACUGCCAUUCUGUUGGCAUAACUUUUAUUGACAAUUUUUUACACUUUUUGGAAACAAAAGAUGCUAUACAGGGAUGAUGGACUCCACCCAAACCAUCUACGGUAGGAGCCCGGACUAUCUCAUCACAUUUUAAAGCUGUGUUAAGAUAUUGACUCAGAGACAGACCAAGCCCCACUCAGGUAAUACCGCCCAUCCUCUCUAAGCGUUAUCUUCGUACUGUUGUCUAUACUGCCAGGGAAGUUGUCAGUUGUAAUUUUGUACCCAUUCGAUUUAAUUCCACUCUUAGAUCUGCUAUUGUUAGCUCAAAAGGGGAGCCCACUGUGGUCUGCUCACCCAGUGCUUAAAGUUCAAAUGUGAAUUCCAUAAACUUGAAACCCCCUCGGGCUUGGGCUGUUGCACGAUAGCAACCAAAGCCCAUGUAAGUCAGUUUAUAACAUUCCAUCAUUGGUUACUCUGAGAGUUCCUCAUAUUGACAUUGGCUGCAGCCUCAGGCCCUAUGAUGCUAACCUUGGAAAAGUAAUUCCAAUUUCUUCUCCUUCCUCUUUACUAAUAGGGAUAGACUAAUGGUCUAGUUCUAUGCAAUCUUAUAGCCAAACCAACUAAAUCAAUAUCAACCAUCAGACAGGGUCCGCAACCGCCUAUUGAACAUACAGUAGCUUGUUUGAGUUGGAAUUUCCAUGUGACUUCAGAAAUCGUAAAGGACUUGGGUUGAUGCAUCUGAACAUUAGGCGCUUACUUCCUGAACUGAAUUACAUUAUGAUCUGGGCUAUGCAAAUGAAUUCGGACAUUCUGGUAUUGACUGAAACUUUCUUGACAUUCUCGACUCUGAUAUUAAUAUUGAGAGUUAUCAUGAGUUCAGAGCUGACAGACAGGGUAGAGGUGAAAUCCAUUUCCCUUGCCAAAAUGUUUUAGAUACUAUCUUUAAGUCAUUCAUAAAAAUAGAUGAUGCUUGGGUCAAGGCCAGGAACACAGGUGUAGGCAAGCUUUUAAGCAACUGAGGAACCAUUGUGAAAAAACAAAUACAUUAUUAUGUAACCACUCUCUGAUUGUAAGAACCCUGCCAAAUUCUGGAAAACUGCAGCGCCUAUCAUAGCUCGCUCAAUACCCCACAUUUUUUAUUUAACAUUGUUAUUGGGAAAUAAUCAAAAAUGAUAGAAAUCUGUUAUUGUGCUACCACUCCAUAAUGGUGGGGAUAGUAACAUUAGUGAUCUUAAUCAUUAUCAGCCCGUUUCAAGGCUUCCUUGUCUCUUUGAGAUUCUUGAAUCCUUGGUAAAUGUACAGCUUUGCUCUUUUAUCUGAGAAAUGUAUUUUGAAUGUAAACCAGUCAGAGUUUAGACCUGGGCAUGACAGUAUUACUCCAAUCACUUCAGUUGUUAAUGAUCUUGUCAAUAUUUCAGACACUAAAAUGAAAUGUGUUGCUUGUUUGUGGACCUGUCCAAAGCUUUUGAUACUGUUGAUCAUGCUAUUUUAUUGAAUAAGUUGUGACGCCUGUUUAUGGUUUCAUAUGGUUUCAUGAUUAUUUUAGUGAAAGAACUCAACUCAGGCUAAGUCAGAAAUUUAUUGAAGUGCAUAAAUGUGUACCACGGUUCGAUUUUGGAACCUGUUCUCUUCACUGUUUAUAUUAACACCAUUGGUCAAUCUGUUUAUGUUGAUGAUACUAAACUCGGGUAAAAAAGAAACGUCCCUUUUUCACGACCCUGUCUUUCAAAGAUAAUUCGUAAAAAUCCAAAUAACUUCACAGAUCUUCAUUGUAAAGGGUGUAAACACUGUUUCUCAUGCUUGUUCAAUGAACCA